CACUUUUAGCUGACCAAUUUAAACAGGAUAGUUAGUAAAAUAGCCUAGGGCUAUUUUUUAUAGUUAAACAUCUAUAUAAACAUCUUACAUUAGGGUGGAUCACAGGCGAUUGCGUCAAAAAGUAGCCUAUAUGUUUAAAACGCGAUUGAUUAGUUUAUUAAUUGACUUGGCUGCACCUUGCCGUGGCCCCACCUGUGAUCUGUGUGGGCAUGUUUAUCGAGCCACUCCUCCAAACAGAUUCGUACCCUACUUCCUGUGGGAGACUUGUCUAUGCGCUUGUCGCUUUAUUUGGAAUGUAAUUUUACAAAAUGCUUGUUGGGUGAGGAUUGUAUAGCCUACAUCAACACAGAGAAAUCCGGCACUUCAGAAAAAAGGACCACAGGAAGUGGUAUACAUUUCCCUGAAGGGUACCCAGAAGCAGUUAUAUUUUUACUUUUUUUGAUGAGCAGUUUCAUCUGCUGAUAUACAUUUAGUUCCUCUUUUCAAGAAUGAGGCCUAGGAUAAAACGCCUUGGUGCCGUGCUAGCUAUGGUCGUCCUCAUCAGCUUUGUCUACUACUUCUCAUACCACUAUCCUGAGGUGAUUCUGGGCUACACGGCUACAAAGGAGGGUUCAGUCAUUCCCACCACACAGGACAAUGACAUUGCCACACCCAUUCACCAGCAGGACAGGGACACCGAAAAAACGGUCUUUGUUUCAACAGCUUCUGCUGUCCAGAAUGUAGUGCCUCUGUUGGUCUCGGACAGCUUCAGGAAGGCAGUUGUUCAGAACACGGCCUUCUGGAACCGUAAAUUGAUGUCCUUCAUAAAGCAGCUUGACAAGGGGGAUAACUCAGAGAAACCCAAACUCAGUUGGUCGAAUUGUAGAGAAACAAAUGAAGAACUGCUGAAAACAAACAUGCACGACUUCAGCACUUAUCCAGAUCUGCACAAAGACUUCUUGUAUGGCCUUGACUGCAGAGAUCCAGCCAUGAUGAUCAAUCAGCCAGAUAAGUGCAGUGGCGGUGAGGAGAAAGUGGACAACCUCCUAAUACUUUUCGCCAUCAAAUCCACUCCACAGAACUUUGAGCAAAGACAGGUGGUGAGGCAGACGUGGGGGCGGGAAGGCAGGUAUGAAGGUGGGGUGAAGCUUCGCACCGUGUUCCUCCUGGGUUCCUCCGCCCGGGACGAUCCCGACCUCGGGCAGUUGAUAGCGUUUGAGGCGAAUCACUUCCAAGAUUUGCUCCAAUGGGAUUUUCACGAGUCUUUUUUCAAUUUGACCCUCAAAGAGCAGGUGUUUUACAGGUGGACCAUGGAACAUUGUUCGGGAGUUUCCUUUGUUUUUAAAGGGGAUGAUGACGUGUUUGUCAAUAGACAAGCUAUUUUCCGCUACUUGAAGUCUUUGUCGCCUGAACAGACCUCCAAGCUCUACGCGGGGCAAAUUAUCAAAUCAGCCACUCCCUUACAUGAUCCUCAAAGCAAGUACUACAUACCUUCGACCUUUUUCGAUGGACCCUACCCUCCCUACGCGGGAGGUGGAGGAUUUCUCUUCUCAGGCAGCCUAAUCCAGCCCCUCUACAGCAUCUCACAGCUGAUCCCUCUGUUCCCUAUCGAUGACGUCUAUACCGGGAUGUGUUUUCAGGCCAUCGGGAUCACGCCAACGGAACACCAAGGCUUCAAGACUUUUGACAUUCAGGAGCACGAUAGGGAGAAUCUGUGUAUCCACAAGGACCUGCUUCUGGUACACAAGCGUUCUCCACAGCAGACGAUGAAGCUGUGGAGGGGUGUGAAUAGCCCUCUGCUAACAUGCUGAAGUACCCUGGGGAUACAGACCCCAUUUUUGUAUGAACCAAUAAAGAAUCAAUAUAUGUGGUGUG